AACCUCUCUUGAGUUUGUACUGUGCACGAACGGAACUAUUAGAAUACUACAGUUAGAGUAUUCGUGGUACUGUAUAUCAGAUAAUAAAUAGAUUCUAUUAUCUAGUGAGUGCGAGUGCGGACUUGGUUGAGUACCCUAGUCCCUAGUGCUUGUUAGGGUCCUUAUGUGCCCUAGUGUUAGUGUUAGGUGGUUAGGUUCAUGUAAUACAAAAAAAAAAACUGCACUGUAGUGGGUAAAGUACUAAAGUAGUGUGAGCACGACAGUACGACGUACGCAACUCGCGUUAAUAAUAGAAUAGACCUAGUCUUAAUUUAACCUUAACGUCACUGUAUAAACUACAAUAAAUCUACAGUAGGCUACUUAGGCUAAAUGGCCUAAACGACUGCAUACUGCUGGAAGAAUAUAUUCUCCCCAAGAACCAGAUUAAUUUGUUUUAUCAAAUAAUAAAUUGCAUAACAUGGUCCACUCUACAGUGAGCCAUAACCCAAGCAUGGGUGAUAUUGAUGUAGAUAUUAACUUAAAAGCAUCAAGUUACGAAGACACAAUUAGACAACUAGACAUUUACUAUGGACUUGUAAAGCGCCAGCUACUUCGUUAUCAAAGUCCUAUCACGGGACUUUUUCCCACACUGUCAAAUGAAGAAAAAGUUGCUAGUGUUAGGGAGAGUAUUUACUGCGCUGCUGCCAUUUGGAGUCUAUUUCAAGCCUAUAGACGUAUAGAUGAUGAUCGAGGGAAGUCGUAUGAGUUAGGACAGUCAGCAGUGAAAUGCAUGCGUGGGGUUCUUGAAUGUUGGAUCAAGCAAGCUCCCCGCAUUGAGCAGUUCAAGAAGAACCAAAGCAGUCGUUAUGCCCUUCACUGCAAGUUUCACCUCACCACCGGUGAAGCUGUCUUUUCUGACGAGGAAUAUAAUCAUCUGCAGAUUGAUGUGGUUUCAUUAUACCUUCUCUUCCUUGUGGAAAUGAUCACCUCUGGAAUGCAAAUAAUAUACACUCAAGAUGAAGUGGCUUUUAUACAAAAUUUGGUGUACUAUGUGGAAAGAGCCUAUAGAACACCAGACUUUGGAAUGUGGGAACGGGGAACUAAAUAUAAUAAUGGAGUUCCUGAAAUUCAUGCCAGUUCUAUUGGAAUGGCCAAAAGUGCUUUGGAAGCUAUCAAUGGUUGUAAUCUGUUUGGUGAGAAGGGAGCUUCUUGGUCAGUGAUUUACGUCGACAUUGAUGCUCACAACAGAAACCGCAGUAUCUUUGAAACUCUUCUGCCCCGUGAAUCUAGCUCCAAGGGUGUUGAUGCAGCGUUGCUCCCAACAAUUUCAUUCCCGGCUUUUGCCACACAUGAAGAAUACCUAAGUACUACCACCAAGGCAAGUGUCGUGGCUCAGCUCAAAGGUCAACAUGGCUUCAAGCGGUUCGGCAGAGACGGGUACAAAUGUGUGCUUGAAGAUCCAAAAAGGAGAUUUUAUAAAACCGGAGAAACAAAGGAGUUUGAGAACGUUGAAUGUGAGUGGCCUUUGUUGUUAAUGUUCAUGAUCAUUGACGGAAUGUUCAAGAGUCUACCUGAACAAGUGGAGGAAUAUCACAGUCUUUUGUCCAAUUUGAUUUGCAAGGAUCUAAAUGGAGAUCCAUGCAUCCCGAUGUACUUCUACGUAGCAGAGGAGGCUGUGGAGGGGGAGAGGGCGGAGGCUGGUAGUCAGCUUAGAUGUAAUAGUCCUGAGGGCUCUGGAGGUGACGAACCACUGUAUCUGUGGAACCAGGCUAUGUUUGUCAUCUCUCAGCUGCUAACCACUGGACUGCUGCAUAUCAAUGAGCUGGACCCCAUCAGACGAUAUCUGCCCUCUUACAACCGACCUCGCAAGGGUGGCCGCUACUCUGCAUUCCAGGGAACAGCCACAGACUUGGUGGUGCAGAUUGUUCUGAUAGCAGAGUCGAUGCGACUGCAGGCAAUGAUGGCCACCUACGGCAUCCAGACGCAGACACCCCACGAGGUGGAGCCUGUACAGAUUUGGUCGUCCAAUCAGCUGGUGCAGGUGUACCAACACCUGGGAGUCAACGCCAAGUUGGGCCUCAGCGGACGUCCCAUGCGGCCUGUCGGGGCUCUAGGCACAAGCAAGGUGUAUCGAGUGUGUGGGAUGACAGUGUUGUGCUACCCUCUGAUAUUUGAGGUGUCAGAGUUCUACCUCUACCGUGACAUGGCCUUGCUCAUUGAUGACAUCAAGACGGAACUUGCAUUUGUUAGCCGCUACUGGAGGUUAUCAGGGAGACCCACUGUUUGCCUUUUGAUCCGCGAGGAACACAUGAGGGAUCCCCAGUUUAAAGAGAUGCUUGACCUCAUGGCUAUGCUGAAGAAAGGCUACUGUGAUGGAAUCAAAGUGCGCAUUGGCCGUCUUCAGAAUCUUAUUUCUUCUUCAUGUAUUGAACACCUUGACUUCAUGAACACUGUGGACACUUCUGAGAUGGUGUUCAGUCAGUUCCGGCAGACGGAGCAUGAUUAUAUCGGGUAUCAGAGUCUCACUGAUGUCCCCCGAGCCACUUCUUACUCUGAGGACAUGUCUCCCUCCACACUGAACUAUGACUCUAAACCUCUUUACGAAGUGUUGGACGGCAUCAGAAAUGCUACUGGGCUACAUGUAAAAUGUCAGCUGUUUGGUGUCUUGUUGAAGAGAGAAGGGCCAAACUAUGAAUUCAAGGGAUCCACAGUUGAAGAGCACCUCAAGUCCCUGUACUACACAGCUGGAUGUCUUCACUACUGGGUGGCUGUCCGCUACUGUAGCAGUCUGUUACAUCAUACAGUAGACAGCAUCAGUCCUUUCAUUACCACUGUACUAGUCAACGGCAAAGAGCUGACUGUUGGUGUGAUCGGAAGAGAGGAGACAGUGUUUGACAAGCCUCCAACUCCAGCUGAGAUCCGCUCAGUGAUCUACUCCACCAUCCAGCCUUACGAUGUGAUCCAAGCAGUGCUGCAGCAAGAGGUGGUGUUAUACUGUGGCAGACUCAUCGCUACUAACCCUGAUAUGUUCAAGGGAAUUCUGAAAAUAAGAGUUGGAUGGGUGUUAGAAGCAAUGAAACUAUGCUUGAAAAUGGUAUACAGCAAACCAAAACCUCUUGAAAAUCACAGUCCAUACGAAGUUAGGCAACUGCUGUACAAAGUUUUGUCCGUUCGAGAUUGGGCCCAAAGAGACAAGUUGACUCCUCUGCAGCGCAGACAGCUGGAAGGUUGUCUGUGUCGAGUGCCGUCUCAGUUCUACGUCCAGGUAUGGGACAUCUUAGUCAGAGUGCCUCAGGGUAUCCGCACACAGGGCCACACUCUACCUCACCAACCUACACUCACCAACAUGACACGCUCUGAGCUCAACUUUGGACUGCUCGUAGAGGACAUACUCAACCACAUACAACAACCAGAGUAUCGUCAAAUCAUUGUUGAGCUUCUGUGUAUUGUUUCAACAAUACUUCAUAGAAAUCCUGAAUUGACGUUUCGAAACCAGCUGGACUUGGAUGAACUAGUGUCAGAAGCCUUCAAAAUGUUUUGCAAAGACAGCCAGAUGGAGAGCUGUAGAGAUGUGACAGUGUUUUUCUCAGCUCCCAACUCCGUCACAACUGGAUACCUAGCAAGAGCUGUGGUCAACAAUGUUUUGAAAGGAGGACAGUUAGCUCCUGCUUCUGGCUCACAGGAUGAUGACCAUUGCCGCAUCUCUUAGUCAACAUAACAUUUUUACAUUGCUAUGAGUAUUUUGGUUAUUUCCUUGCAAGUAGUUAUGGUUACAAAAUAAAUGUGUUUACUACAAAAUUGCCAA